AUGACAUUCAUCCCGAACGGUGGUGAUCUGUUACAUUCGAUAUUAGCUGAUUCUGUUUGUAAAUGUUUAAGCAAAUAUACAUCUUAUUAUGCUGGAGUACCGGAUCCUGUUUAUUUAGAAUGUCAACUUAGUCGGUGGUUCUGUUCGAUGUUUGGAUUUGAAAAUGCGGUUUCGUCAGGUAUUUUUACAACUGGUGGAUCAUCGUCUAAUUUAUCAUCCGUUUGA